AUGGCAUAUGAUAGGCUUUCAAACCUCGAAGCCGGCCAGGGCCCCAGCGGUUACACGGACGACCCGGCGUUCCGCGAUCUCCAAAACGAACUCAAGAACAAAGUGCUGUCACUGCUCAGCAGCAACCGCCAACUCACAAGCAAUAUAAAUGCGCUUGCAAAGAAGCCUGAUAAUGCUCGUGUCAGAGAGCGUGUUCAUAAUGCUAUGGAGAAGUCCCGCGAGAGCUGCAAGGAUAUUGGCGAAGGAAUCAAGAAGCUCAUGGCGUUUGAGGACUUGACGAAACAACAAAAAUACGAGCAAGCCAAGGUAUCCAGCGACUUCCAAACAGCGCUGGAAGAUUUCCAAAACAUACAGCGAAUGGCGCUUGAACAAGAACGAGCAUCUGUUUCCGCGGCACGAGCUGCCCAAGACCUGGGAUACGACCAAGAAGGCAGCAGCGAUAGUGCGCCGCUCGAACAGCUGCAGCGUCAGGAAGUCUCUCAGCUGGCUCCUCAGGAAGACGUCGAUUUCCAGGAAAAUGCCAUUAUUGAGCGAGAAGAGGAAAUCCGCAACAUCGAACAAGGCGUUGGCGAUCUCAAUGUUUUGUUCCGCAAAGUAGCUCAGAUCGUGAACGAGCAAGGAGAAGAUCUAGACACAAUCGGCGCCAACAUUGACAACACAUACAACGAUACAAGACAAGCCGAUAUCGAAACGAGACAGGCAGCACGAUACCAGAAGGCCGCACGAAGCAAGAGCCUGUGCCUCCUAUUGAUCCUCGGCAUCAUUCUCACCAUUGUGCUUCUUGCCAUUUUCCUGGGUUAG